UGGCAGCAGAAGCUGGAGAAGCCCCAGCAACUCUGUGCCUACAGAAGGCUGCAAGGACUCCAACCCCGCAACAGCGAAGGAGACCUUUUAAGUCCUUUGAAUUUUGCAAAUGCCUUACAAGUCACUGCACCAAGAAUUCCAGGGGAAUCCCUGGGCCAAGCUGGUGCUGGGGGUCUGCACUCUCGCCCGUGGCCCACCCUUGCCCAGUCUUCAGAUUGGGCAGAGAGGAUCCCAGGAGCGGGUCUUCACCUCUCACCGUCCUUCUACAGCCAAGAGAUAACUUAUGCAGACAUCCAGAGGCAGCUGCGGAAAGUAAAGACAGCAAGGGAAAGACUGGCCAAGGCCUUGAGGGCAGACAGGCUGGCCAGGGAGGCAGAGAGAAUGAGGAGCCAGGAAAGGAGUCCUGAAAAGCAGAUGAAAAACAGGAAAAUGCAUCCUGAAGAAGCUGAGUGGUGGCGUCCUUGGGAAGUGACUCACCAUGUACCAUCCUGACUUUGACGUGACUGUCAUUUAACAUCAAUCCUCUGAACUGUGACCCUUGUUAUACCCAAAUUGGUCUUGAUUAAAUGCUUUUGAAGGACAAAAGUGUGAAGAAUUGAUGAUUUUUGGUGAGAAACUGGGUU